AGGGCUGGGGGCAGCCGGCGGGGGCGGGGCGGCCGGCGGAGGCGUUGGCAGCGGGCUGGGACCCACGCGGCGCCGCGGCCCACCUGGCCUGCAGGGCUCCCACCCCCGGCGGCAGCGGCGGCGGCGGCACGAUGCCCUUUGACUUCAGGAGGUUUGACAUCUACAGGAAGGUGCCCAAGGACCUCACACAGCCGACGUACACCGGGGCCAUUAUCUCUAUCUGCUGCUGCCUCUUCAUCCUCUUCCUCUUCCUCUCGGAGCUCACCGGAUUCAUAACGACAGAAAUUGUGAACGAGUUGUACGUCGAUGACCCGGACAAGGACAGCGGGGGCAAAAUUGACGUCAGCCUGAACAUCAGUCUACCCAAUUUGCACUGUGAAUUGGUCGGGCUCGACAUCCAGGAUGAGAUGGGCAGGCACGAAGUGGGGCACAUUGACAACUCGAUGAGGAUCCCGCUGAACAACGGGGUGGGCUGCCGCUUCGAGGGGCAGUUCAGCAUCAACAAGGUCCCGGGCAACUUCCACGUGUCCACACACAGUGCCACAGCCCAGCCACAGAACCCGGACAUGACCCAUGUCAUCCACAAGCUCUCCUUUGGGGACACGCUGCAGGUCCAGAACGUCCACGGAGCUUUCAACGCUCUCGGGGGAGCAGACAGACUCACCUCCAACCCCCUCGCCUCCCACGACUACAUCUUGAAGAUCGUGCCCACGGUUUACGAGGACAAGAGUGGCAAGCAACGGUACUCUUAUCAGUACACGGUGGCCAACAAGGAGUACGUCGCCUACAGCCACACUGGCCGCAUCAUCCCCGCCAUCUGGUUCCGCUAUGACCUAAGCCCCAUCACGGUCAAGUACACGGAGAGACGGCAGCCUCUGUACAGGUUCAUCACCACGAUCUGUGCCAUCAUCGGCGGGACCUUCACUGUUGCCGGCAUUCUGGACUCGUGUAUCUUCACAGCCUCGGAGGCCUGGAAGAAGAUCCAGCUGGGCAAGAUGCAUUGACGACCCGCCUGGCCCGAUGGCCGAGGACCCAGGGAGACCGCCAGCCCUGUCUCCAGCGCCCCGUCUCCUCCUGCCUUCUAUCUGGCCCAGGAUCUGGCUGCGUCCCAAAGUGGGGGUGAGGGGAGGGAGGGGGUGGCUCACGGGUUCGCAGCUACCUCUUUUCCCCAUGUGUAACUGUAGAUGAAUUACACUGCCUGAAGUCUGGGUGCCCCUUCCUUUCCCUGAGGAGCCCCAAGACCAGAGUCAGGCAGGGAAGGUUCGGGGAUGCUGGAGACCACUCCUGGGAAAACUGCAGUCCUUUCCCUGUUGGGCGAGCAGCUCAGAAUCCAUCUUGACCAGUUCUCAGCCAGGCUUUGACAAUCUCUCAGAGCUCCCCACCGUUUGGUCCCGCUAAUCACUUGGUUUCUCCCCUGGGCAGCCAGCCUGCAGACCUGGGCUCUGGGCUUUGGACCGGGCUGCCCAAAGGUACCUCCCACCUGGUGCCUUCAACAAAGAAUGGUACUUCCCAGGCAAGCCCCUGACACGUGGCCCUGUAGAUGGAGCCCUUGUUUCUCCAUUCCUUCCUGCCCGACCUAGAGCCCAGGCCUCAAGGCCCUCACCCCCACCCCUUUCUUUUCUUCCCCAGAAGCAGAUGCCCAGUUGUUGGGCAGCAGCUGUGUAGACUCAAGUCUGCCCACUGGUCCCUGGGUGCGUGGCGAGUUCCACUUCCUCUCUCUCUUCAUUGUUCCUCUGAACCCCCUGCCAAUGUGCCUCAGCCCCCGUGCUGUGUGGCCACAGCGUGGCUUGAUGGAGGGGCUGGCUGUGACUGGGAAGUCAUCCUUGGAGAGCCAGACGUGGUUUGUGCACUUAUGUCCAGAUGGGAAGCAUCCUUUUCCGCGACCCUAAAAUAAUCAUGUCUCAGCCUCUCCCAGGCGGCUUGCUGUCGGUCCCAAGGCCUUAGGUGGGGGAAGCAAAGCAGACCAGCCCUUCUCCCAUCUUAGCAUGUCCACCCUCGGGGCUCCCAAGGGUGCAUAGCGCUUGGACCUCUCUGCAACCCAGUUGUGGCCCACUUGCCCCACCAAACUCCCCACUGGCUGGCCACACACUAACUCGGUCCUGUUCCUGGGGUGGCUCCACUGUUUCCUCACUUGCUCUUGGGUGGGUCCCUACCCCACUGCUUCCCCCCAUCCUACCCCCUUAGUCCUGAAAGGGAGAGGCAAUGGUCCAGGCAUGAAUUACACCCAGGGAAUUUUAGGUAUGCCCCCCCCUUCCCAGGGAGAGAGUCGCCCACCUGUUUUCCAUUUAUAUCAAGAUUGUUUGCAUACUUUUGUAAUUAAGGGGAGUGUAAUUAAGGGGAGUGGAAGGCGUUUUUAAAUUAUCUCUGUGGAUGGUUCAAGUCUCUGCCGUUUGUAAUUUUUGACUCUAGAUUCCAAUUAGAAAAGCUUCCCCUUUUGCAUAUGAGUUGACGAAUGUGAGUGUAAACUGCAUUUGGUUAUUUCUGGUAUCUGUGGCCACUCAGAUGGAUUUUUUUUUUUUUUUUUUUUGCAUUCUCUUCCCCAGUUACAGAAAGGAGCCCCUUGGGUGUGUGAAUACGUGUGCCUGUAAAGGGUGGGCAGGGCAGGGUGGGGAAAUGUGUGGCAUGCAAGUGAAUUGAAAUCCCACGUUUAUGCAUUUAAAAAAAAAAAAACCAACUCUUGAGGACAUAGGGGAUGUCAGUUUCCUAUGGAAGAGACACCUCUGACCCAUUAUUCUUAUAAACAAAAUCUCCAGGGAAAAAAAUGUGUUAGUUCUUUCUCCACUCACUGGGUUCAAAUAGAUUAAAAGGCUGAUUUUCAGAAAUA